AUGAGCGACAACACAGGCGAUGGGGAAGGCGAGCAGCGCCAGCUUCAACAGCAGCUGCUGCCGAGCUUCUCCACGUUUGAAGACCUACAGCAGGCAAUGUUCCAGAGCUUGGUUCCUGCUGUCAAGGCCAGCGUCCAAGUGCCAAAGGGCGAUGACCACCUGUACUUCUCCACAAUCCCAGAGUUUAAGACCAAGACGCGUGACUUGCAGCAGCGCCUCCUCCGCCAGAUCGAGGGCUUGGCGAAGCUUGAACACGGCCACCUUGAAGGCUGGUCCCGCGAUGACAUGGACGAGCAGAUGUCAUAUCUAACAGAGAUCAACGACCUCUGCAUGGAGCGUGUGAGCAUGUUCCUGGACGACAAGCGUGGCGCGAACCGUGCGAGCGCAGCCCUCGAACACCGGCUGGGCAAGCACGCCGUGCACACGGUCUCCAUUGGUGCUGGUGCUGGCUCCUGGAACAAGACAGCGCCAGGCAUGCGUGUGCUACAAGCAACGAACAUUGCGCGCCCGCAGCUGCUGUUCACCGACGCCAUCGACAACACAUCCACGCCAUUUCGCCCCAAACUCACGCGAAAGCCGCACGCCAUGCGAGACCUCAACCUGCAGGCGAUUCGUGUGCACGGGCCCGGCACAGCUGCUGCCCCUGCUGGCGCGGGCGACGAUGAGGAGGAGACGGUCGUGUAUUACGAGCACCCUUACGAACACGAGCUCCGCGCAUUCCAGCCGGUGGCCGAUGCCGCGAACAUUCGCCAGAAGCGCUCUAUUGACGAGUGCGCAAACAACCCGGCCACGUUCGUCAACACCGUCGACCAACUCCAGGAUGUGCUGUCGGCAUUGAAGGGCGAGCGCGAAGUGGCGGUUGAUCUUGAGGCGCACAACGUCCGCUCCUACCAGGGUUUCACCUGUCUCAUGCAGGUGUCCACGCGCACACGCGAUUUCCUCAUUGACACACUCGCACUGCGCGGCCAUCUGGAGGUCCUCAACGAAUGCUUGUGUGUGCUUCACGGUGCGGACAGCGACAUCCUGUGGCUGCAGCGCGACCACGGCCUCUACAUUGUUUGUUUGUUUGUUUGUUUGUUUGCCAUGCGUGUGCUCGGGUACCCAAAGUACUCGCUGGCGUAUCUGCUCAAACACCUGUUUCACCUGUCGCUGGACAAGCGCCACCAACUCUCCGACUGGCGAAUUCGUCCGCUCCCCGCGGACAUGUGCGUGUAUGCACAGGCGGACACACACUAUCUCCUCGACGCACACGACGCCCUCAAGGCCGAGCUGCUUGAGCGUGGAAACGAGAAUGCAAAUCUCCUUCGCUCCGUCUUCACCCGCAGCACAGACAUUUGCCUGCAGCGGUAUGAGGUGCCGAAGUAUGACGAGGAGCAGGCGAUGCGGCUGUACAACAGGCAGUCGCUCGCGCUGACGCCCAAGGGCCUGGCCAUCUUCAGGGCCCUGCACGCGUGGCGCGACGCCGUCGCACGCAGGGAGGACGAGUCUCCAAGAUAUGUGAUGGAGGACCACAUGCUCUUUUCCCUCGCCCGAAACGCGCCCACGCAGCCAUCGCAGGUGUUUGCAAUCUGCCAGCCGACACCAACGCUCGUCCGCAUGAACGCGCACACCAUCAUCGAGACAAUUACGAAUGCGCAGCUUGGGCUGACAGACGCCGACCGCUUGGCUGCGGAGACGGCAGAUGGAUCCACCGUCCUCACCACCGAUCACGUGUCCGGUGGACGCGACGUCCAGUCCGUCCUCUCCCACGACACCGUGAAACCGGCCGAUGACACGAAGCAGCGCUACCAGCUCGCCAUGCCACGCCUCCAGGACCUGGAUCUCUCGUCUGCCGGUCUUGUCAAGCGCUCCUCCACUCGCUUUGGCCAGGCUCUUGCAGCCCAGAAGAGCACGAAGGUGUCGUCUGUUGCGGCCGACAUUCUUCAUUCGUUUGCGCGCACCCCACUCUUCGCCGCAACACCAAAGGAGAUUCUCGACAUGCACUCUGAUGAACACGCGGAUGAGGAGAAGAAGGAGGAAGGUGGUGUGUCGGACAGCCAACCAGAGCCAGAGACAGAAGAGAAGAAGCAGCAACAGAGCGGUAGUGGUGAUGGUGACGCGAUUGUUGUGGAGGACUCGGACAACGAAGACGACAUCAUGAUUCUUUCAGAAGUGAAGCAGCGGGAGGAAGAGCAGAAGAAGCGACGGACGGAAGAGGACGACAGAGAUGAUCUCCUCGGGGAAAUCAGCAUCUCUACAAAGGGUGACAAGCGCAGCAAGAGAAGUAAGAACAAGAAGGACAAGAAGGGCAAGAAGGGCAAGAAAGGUAGUGCGGACAGCUCAGAGAGCAAGAAGGGCAAGAAGAAGGAGCGAAAGCCGAAAUCUGGAGAAUGGCGCCGCACACACGCGCAGACCGAGUCACCGUCGUCGUCGGCGUCAUCAGGACCAGCAAAGAAGCGCGCCAAGUUCGACCCAUUUGCAGCGUCAGCGGCACAGAAGAGAAAGAAGGGCUCUCGCACGAAGCAGCGUGGUGGCUCCCGCACUGGCUCGAUGAAAGUUCGCAGAUGA